UAUUACCCUCCGCUCACAAGAAGGCCUCUUUCGGGGAACCCUAACCUUCCUCCUCCCGUCCGUUUUCUCUUCAAGCUCCAACCAUCUCUAUCUCUUCCUGUUUCCGUGUGUUGAAGGUGAAAGUUAACAGUCAUGUCUGCAGCUCUGGAUAUGACUCUUGAUGAUAUCAUCAAGAAAAACAAGAAAUCUGGAUCUGGUAACUCCAGAGGUCGUGGCCGAGGAUCUGGCCCCGGUCCAUCUCGCCGCUUCCCCAAUCGUGCCGCCAAUCGUGCAGCACCUUAUGCAACUGCAAAGGCACCAGAGGCGGCUUGGCAACAUGAUAUGUUUGCGGAUCAGGCUGUGGCACCGCACGCAGCUCAAGGUGGUCGAGCGUCUGCCAUAGAAACGGGGACUAAGCUCUACAUAUCUAAUUUGGAUUACGGUGUUUCUAACGAGGAUAUUAAGGAGUUGUUUUCUGAAGUUGGUGACCUAAAGCGAUAUGCAAUCCAUUACGACAGGAGUGGCAGGUCAAAGGGUACAGCAGAAGUAGUCUUCUCACGACGAGUUGAUGCUGUAGCUGCAGUGAAGAGAUACAACAAUGUUCAACUUGAUGGUAAACCGAUGAAGAUAGAGAUCGUGGGGACAAACAUUGCUACACCUGCUGCAGCUCCUGCUGCAAAUGGAGCUGUUGGAGAUUCAAAUGGUGUUCCUAGAAUUGGACAAGGUAGAGGUGGGGCGUUUGGAAGGCCACGUGGUGGAGGUAGAGGACGUGGCUUUCAGAGUGGCUUUCAGAGGGGCCGAGGACGCGGAAGAGGUCGUGGAGAGAAGGUGUCUGCAGAUGAUCUUGACGCUGAAUUGGAGAAAUAUCAUUCGGAGGCAAUGCAAAUAAACUGAAGGCCAUGUUAUGUGUUCUAGUUUUUGUGCUAUUACGUCUGUGGUUGUCAGGUGCAUGGUGACUGAACAGCACCUAUUUAUGUAUCUUUAUCACAAUCCUACUUUUUAGGGGAAGGGAGAGAUGCUUCAUGAGUGGAAACUUUUAGACUUGAUGUAUGGAGUUUGGGCUUCUGUUGUCUAAUAUUCUUUAUCCUUGGGUAUGAAAUCUGGGUUGACAAUCAGAGGUCAGCAUGUUCUCUGCGCCCACGCUUGCUUUCAAUGGCUUUAAUCAUAUGUUUUAUGCAACAAGUGGGUCAUGGAGGGGAAACUAUGAUUUCAUCUGUUCAUACAAACAAAGCACUGGCUGCAAGAUGUGAGGCUGCAGAAUUCACCCACAGCUGCUUUGUGAGUUGGUUUGACAGUGGAAUCUUCAAAUGAGGUAGAUUCGCUGCUCCUUACUCCUGCAUACACCCCACCCC